CUCCAGAAAUUUCCUCCCCGCACCCAAAAAACUUCUUUUAUUUUCUUUCCAAUUUCGUCCAAGAUCUGUCAUAUUCUCUUUCUAUUAUUGGAAACCUUAUACUUGAGAGGUAUUACUCAUAUUUGGCCUUUGGUGGGUGAAUUUCUCACGGCUUCUCUCAAUCAGUCAGUCUCUCAUCACUCAUCCAUCCCACAUUCAUCGGUCUUUCCAUUAUAGGGUCUUUGAUUCGGUGCAGGAUAUCAUCGGAGUUUGGUGAAAAUGGUGAGGGGGAAGACCCAGAUGAGGAGGAUAGAGAACGACACAAGCAGGCAGGUCACGUUCUCCAAGCGGAGGAACGGCCUCCUCAAGAAGGCCUUCGAGCUGUCGGUCCUAUGCGACGCCGAGGUCGCGCUCAUCAUCUUCUCGUCGAGAGGGAAGCUCUACGAGUUCUCUAGUGCAGGCUUGAGCAAGACUAUAGAACGAUAUGAAAGGCGAUCUAAGGACCUUGAAGCGAAUAACAGAUCUUCAGAAGACAACUUGCAGCAUAUGAGCAGUAACACUUCAGACCUGGAGAAGAAACUUGAGCUCCUCGAAGCUUCUAAAAGAAGACUACUGGGAGAUGGUCUCGAGUCAUGUUCGAUUGAGGAACUACAACAGCUCGAGAACCAGCUUGAGAAAAGCUUUAGCAGGAUUAGGGCAAGAAAGAACCAGUUAUUCAAGGAGAAAAUCGAGCUUCUAAAGUCAGAGGAGAAAAAACUUCUAGAAGAUAACAAGAAGUUAUGCGAAAAGCUUGGGAGGAGUGGGUCACUGAAUCCAACAUUACGACAAUCUCCUUCGACCACCCGGACCCGGGAAGUGCUGCUGCUAUGUGCCGGGGGUAUGGAUGUCGAGACGGAGUUGUUCAUUGGACCCCCUCACAAAGGUCGGCCUCCUCAAAAUUGAUGACCCGAAACGACUAAUUGCUUUUCCACAUAUAUAUGGUUAUGAUGUUUUCAUUAUAAAUCUGCAUCCUCAAAUACUGAUCGAGACUGCUGUCAUUGAUCUUGUGUGCUGGAAUAAAACAUACACAUCGCUCGGGCCAGUCGGAUGUGGUGGUACCCAUCACGUCCCAUCUAGCUGUGGGCACCACUCCAUCCAGUUGAUAAGUCUUAUCGACACUGUCCUUGAUCCCAGUAAAUCCGAUCUGGGAUAGUAUUUGUAACAUUUACGAGUACUUUGUGAAUGGUGCACAUGUCAUGUACAUACUGCAGGAAAACAAUGUAAGCACUGUGUACGUAAGUUGGAGCAUACUAGCGCAGAUGUGUGUGAUGUCUAUAUUAUUUGUCGAACAAAUUAAGUUAACUGCUAAAGCAGCCGAUUCGGCAUCGCCGAAUAUCAUUCUAUGGCAGUUUUGGUCCUGUACCUUGAUUUGA